GUUAAGAGUCUGUUGAUCGAGUUUACCUAUAAAAUAUGCGCGUGGCAGUGGUGGGUGCCGGUGUAAUUGGCUUGACAAGUGCGUUUGCGGUAAAAAGCGUUCUUCAACAAUUCGAGGUGCACGUAUUUGCGGCUGAAUUCUCACCAGCUACCACUGGUGACGGAAGCGCCGGUCUUUGGAGUCCUUAUCUUCUCGGGAAUACUCCUUAUGAGAAAAUACUACAAUGGAGUGGAAUGACGCAUCGAUGGUUGGAAAAGUUUUGGAAAGCGGGCUUGGCCUCUGAAGUCGGAGUCUCUUUGGUACCGAUAUAUCGCGUUACCAGUAAUCCCGAUGGAUUUCCUGAUUCAAGUUGGACAAAAUUGGUGUACGGUGCACGCAGAUUAAGUCCCAAGGAGCUGGAGGAAUUAAACGCAGAAUAUAAGGCUAACUACAAACACGGAUGGACAUUUUUGACAUAUACGUGCGAGCCUAGACGUUUGUUGCCUUGGUUAACGAAACAAUUCCUCGCAGCUGGUGGAAAACUUGAAAAGAAGAAAAUUUAUGCGCUACGCGAACUGAUCGACGAUGGUUACGAUUUGAUAAUAAAUUGCAGUGGUUUCGGUGCACGUGAGCUUGUGGGCGAUAACACGGUUACAUCUAUCAGAGGUCAAGUUACUAGGGUGUUGGCAUCCUGGGUAAUGCACGGGAUUUUGGAAGAGGAUGAUCAAGGAAAUUACAUAAUACCAAAUAUCGAUAAUGUGGUAUUGGGAGGUACGCACCAAGAGAAUGAUCUCGACCGUACUCCACGAACAGUCGACUCCGAAUUUAUUCAUACCGGAUGCUGUCGAAUUCUGCCUGCACUCAAGAAUGCUGAAGUAACGAAGGAAUGGGUUGGUCUUAGACCUGGAAGGUACACAGUUUGUAUCGAGGCUGAAGUUUGCAAAUCUUCUAAUGGCAGAGAAGUUACGGUAAUACACAAUUAUGGACACGGAGGGAGCGGUGUGACGUUAAGCUGGGGCUGUGCUAUGAACGUCGUGAAAAUUAUAGAGGAUAUAAUGAGAAUAAAAUCGAACCUCGAAUGUGUCGCGUUUGUUGUAUAUUGGCAAUCUUCUGUUUCCGUGAUUCUGUUUACGACUGCACGAACUAUGUGCAAUACGCCGGUCAUGAACGUCAUCGAACGCAGCAACAAACGUCCUUUGGUGGUGGUGCGCGAGAUCGAAGCUAGUGAUACGAAGAAGAGUUAUUCUAUAAAUGGCGAGAUUACCAGUGAAUCUGAUUCCAGUACCGAAGUGCGAUCAUGUAAAACAGUAUACAGAAACCGGUGUAAGAAACUCGUGGUAUCUGACACUUCGACAAAUAUCGUUCCAUUUACUGAUUUGACUAAAAGUGAACAGGAACCUGUUGCUCCUAAAUACUUGGCUGAUAAGAAGGAUGACAAAGCGGACUUGUCGUUUGCUGACACCGAUGUGGACUCGCGAAAGGAAGGAACCUCGAUCAAGGGAAAGAAAAAGAAGAAACGGAGAUAUCUGACUAUAUGCACGAGUAACUGCAAGUAUGACGUGGUGAGACGAGUGGCGGCCCGAUUCGGGAUGAAAGAAGUGACCGAAGAUAGCAGCUGGAACCUUUAUUGGACGGAUUUGAGCGUGAGCGUGGAACGAGCGAAAGACAUGAAGAGAUAUCAGAAGGUCAAUCAUUUCCCAGGAAUGACAGAAAUCUGUAGAAAGGAUUUACUUGCCCGAAACUUGAAUCGCAUGUUGAAGCUUUUCCCAAAGGACUACAACUUUUUCCCAAAGACAUGGUGUUUCCCCGCAGACCAUGGAGAGGCAAUAGCUUACGCCAAACUGAGACGCUCCAAAACUUUCAUCAUCAAACCUGACACAGGCUGUCAAGGGCGUGGCAUUUACUUGACAAGGAACUUAAAGGAUGUUAAACCGAGCGAGCGCAUGAUUUGCCAGGUUUACGUGGCCAGGCCCUUCCUGGUGGACGGCUACAAAUUCGAUCUUCGUAUCUAUGCGUUCCUUACCUCGUGCGACCCCCUGAGGAUUUACGUGUACAAUGACGGCUUGGCAAGGUUUGCUACAAGCAGAUACAAGGAACCAACCGGUCACAAUACAUCCAACGUGUUCAUGCAUUUAACGAAUUAUGCUGUUAAUAAGCACAGUCGAAUGUACGUGAUCGACGACGAAAUUGGUAGUAAAAGGAAAAUAUCGACUUUGAACAAGUGGCUCAAGAUGAAAGACAUCGAUGUAGAUGAAUUGUGGCGCAAAAUCGACGAGGUUAUUAUAAAAACGAUCUUGGCAGCAUAUCCUAUUUUGAAGCACAGUUACCACACGUGCUUUCCUACACACGAUAAGACCUAUGCGUGCUUCGAGUUAUUGGGUUUUGACGUACUACUGGAUUGGAAGCUGAAACCGUACCUUCUAGAAGUUAAUCAUUCACCGAGUUUUCAUACAGACGCGCAAAUCGAUAAGGAUAUAAAGGAGGGUUUGCUGACGAAUACGUUCGAUAUGCUGAAUUUGCAGCAGUGCGACAAGAAAAAGAUCAUCGAAGAAGACAGGAAGCGAGUCAGGGAUAGGUUGCUUCAGGGAAUAAAUCCUAAGGAUGACGGCACGAAUGAUUCGACGAUCGGUACGACGAAAUCUGAUAAGCCGGAAGAAGAUUACCUGCAAAAGCAAUUUAAAUGGGAGGACGAGCGCAUAGGCAAUUUCCGCAGAAUCUAUCCAUGCUCUGACAGUGAAAAGUAUGAGCCGUUUUUCAGACAAAGUAGCAUUUCUGUAUAUCAAGAUACUGCAGCGUCCAGGGCUCGGGAAGAAGCGUCGAGGAUUCAAAAGGAAGAAAACGAGGUGUAUUUUCGGUUUACGUAAAGUAUAUUUGACGGACGGAUUGGUGUUUGAUCGUAUAAGAAGCGCUUAUCGAAUACGAUUGACAGAUGAAAAUGAAGGAACAGGAGAGCAAGAAAAUGUCCGGUAAAUGG